AGAAAAAAAAAACAGUGAAAAACCCUACUUUUUUUUGAAGAGUGUAGAAUGAAAGGCAAACAUAAUUUGUAGUUUAUUAUGUUGAAAAGUGAUUAAACAUUGAUCCAACCUUAAUCUAAUUUUGAGUCAGUAAAUGUUGUAAAGUUAGUUGGCUGACUGAUGUUUUGAUAUCUCAUUGUAUCUCAUUGGUGGAGAGUGUCUGAUGGCCCUGAUGGCCAGAGUUGGUGCUAGUGGUUGGACUGGACUAAAGUCCAAGAGUAUUGUUAUAUUUAAUGUGUUUUUAAGGGCUCAUUUUGGGCUUUUUUGUGUGGAUCUAAGAAGUUUUGAAGGUUCUAGUCCCCUUAAAAAAGGAGGCUGUUCCUAUUUCCUUAUUUAUGGCUAAUUCCGAAGGAACCGGUGGAUCCAGUUCAGAGCCCUUUCACUCUCGUCUCGCUCACCUCCCAGAACCUGCUCCCAUUAACCGUCCAGUCCGGCUGAGGAGCACUUCUCUGGUUUCCAGUGGAGCUCCAGUCCGUGUGGUGCAGAGUGGAAAAGCUGACAGGCUUUAUACGGAGGGAAGUGGGCAUUGACGCUGUCUUACUCUCUCUCUCUCUCUCUUACUCUCUCUCUCUCUCUCUCUCUCUCUUUCCUCCACUUGUGUGCACUUGUGGCCAAUGCGCCCUCCUCAAGAGUCCCAAAGACUCCAGCAGCUCAUAGGAUCAGGGUACGACUUACGUUUUUGGACAGCCGAAAGAUCGGACAGAUACUUUCCCUCCUUUUUUUGGGACCUUCACACAAGGGGGGAGACCCACGACCAAAGCUCUUCCCCCACAUCACGGACAUGGAGGCGACAGAUGGCUAUCUAGCAAGUAACGGCGACUGCUCUCCUAGGAAGGAAAACUCGAGAAUGCUGGUGGACCUGUCGCUCAACGCACCCAACGGCCAGCAUUCCCAAAGCCCCAGCUCUCCAGCCCCUCAUACAAUCAAGCAGGAGGAAGUCACUGAGGAGGAAGCAGAGAAGAGAGCAGCUGGUCCAGAUGAGACUGGCCACAGCGGUGAGGAGGGGUCAGUACUGGAGGAGCCAAUGAUUGACAGUCCCAACAACCUACAGGACGUUGGACCAGGAUCAGAGGGGUCGGCAGACACAGGAGUACGAUUACCCUCGGGUGACCGUCCAUUCCAGUGCAACCAGUGUGGAGUUUCCUUCACCCAGAAGGGGAACCUGCUCAGACACAUUAAACUGCACACGGGUGAGAAGCCCUUUAAAUGCCCCUUCUGCAGCUACGCCUGCCGCCGACGCGACGCCCUCACCGGACACCUCCGCACUCACUCCGUGGGUAAACCGCACAAGUGUAACUACUGUGGACGGAGCUACAAACAGCGCACGUCAUUGGAGGAGCACAAAGAGAGGUGCCAUCAUUACUUGCAGAGCCUUGGCAUGGACUCCGCCCCCAACCCAGGCCCAUUUGCAGGAGAGGUUCCUAAAGAGCCGAUGAGAGAGCCGCCGGGCGCCGUGCCGUUCGAGAGACCGCCGGUCAUCGAGAGGCUGCAGGCCAGUGUGGCCAAGAGGAAGAGCACCACGCCUCAGAAGUUUGUGGGGGAGAAGAUGAUGCGCUUCUCCUACCCUGAGAUGAACUACGACGUGAACCUGAAGGAGGCUGAGAUGAUGCAGGCGCAUAUCAUGGACCAGGCGCUCAGUAACGCUAUAACCUACCUGGGCGACAACAUGCGACCUGUGGUGCAUCACCCUCCGCUCACCAUGGCCGAGGUCGUUCCGAUGGUGAACCCACUGUUUCACCCCAUGUACCCCAUCGGCCCGCGACUUGACCGGCCUAGCAGCCGCGAAGCUCUCUCCAUGCACCAGCCACCCCCACCCACGGAGUUCCCUCCCCCCACCAACGGCGCCAUCUCUCUGGUGAGGCCCAAGAACCCCCAGGUGGUGCGUGAAGGCUCCCCCAGCAACACCAGCGGCCAGGAUUCGGCUGAUUCGGCCCGCAGCAGCCCUCAGGAGAAGCUGGUCAACAACAGGUUGGUUCGGGUCAGUCCGGGUCACUUCACGCCGCGAGACGACCCCCGGGGGGCCGAUCCUGGACGUCAGGUGGGCCGGGACGGAGGGGUCCGCGUUUUUGGCCGCGAGGGGCAGGAGCUAAGGGCGUUCCAGUGCGAGCACUGCCGAGUGCUGUUCCUCGACCACGUCAUGUACACCAUCCACAUGGGGUGCCACGGUUACAGGGACCCGCUGGAGUGCAACAUCUGCGGCCACUGCAGCAAGGAUCGCUACGAGUUCUCCUCGCACAUCGUCCGCGGAGUGCACACCUUCCGUUAGAGGAGAUCCGGACACUCCCCGCCCACCCGCGAGCGGAUAGUGGUGGUCCAGGGUUGUGCCCCUGGGACGUCAGCAAACGGUGUGGAAACGUCUCAGGAGACGUGCCGGAAGGGAAGGCAGCUGUAAGCGUCAUGUCGGCAGCAUUUAGCAAUUAUAUGAAGGUUUAGGUCCAACAGUGAACCCCUUAAAAUCCAGGCUUAUUGUUCAGUUAUGAAUCAUAAACGGUGAUUUCUUAGAUUUUUCUAACUUUCUGCAUAACCUUUGAGUGGACUCCAAAGUCUUUGAGUGGUUUGAAUUGUUACGCUUUGUUAGAAACUGUUAAACAUGGUGGUGGAUGGAACUAAUGGAACCGCUUAAAGCUACAUCACAAUCUAAUGCCUAAUCUAAGUCACUGGAUUAGGCUAAGGCAUAUUUUUCUAACAAAAUGUAAUGUUUUAAAAUCUGUUUAAGGCAAAGAGAUACAUUCAGGGUGUUAAAAGGCAAAAUAGGCUGCAAAGAUAAAAAAAAAAGGAAAUUUCAUAUUGCAACGUUAACGUUGCAUAUUAAACUCAGGAGACACAUGUCAUAUUGAGUAAAACAUAGUAUAAGGCAGUAUAGGGGAUAUAGGAUAGUAUAUAAAGUUAGGACAGAAAAAUAUUAUAGUAUAAUAUAAUAUAGUAUAAUAAAUAUUAAAUAGCGUAUAGUAGUAAAGAGAGAGAAUAUGGAAAACAGGAUAGUAUAGGGCAGUGUAGAGAGUAUGGAGAAUUCACUCUAUGAUAGUAUAGGGUAGUACAGUGAGUAUAGCAUAGUAAAGGUUAAGUUUAGGGCACUUUAGAGCAAAUGCAGUAGUGUAGGGUGAGAUAUGAAGUAAAGAUUGGAGUAUAGGACAGUAUAGGGAGUAUAGCAUAGUAUAGGACAGUAUAGGGAGUACAGAGUAGAGGGAAAACAUUUGUCUUAAACAUAUGUCAAGCAAUAAGAAUAAAAUUAAUGAAAUAACGCUCCACAGGUGCUUAUGACUUGAUGCAUCAUCAUUAUGUAACAUUGCAAAAAAUAUUAAUUUGCAAUAUAUUGCAAAAAAAAAAUAUGUAUAUAUAUAUUUAUUUGUAGAAAUGCACAGAAACUUAGUGGAUGGAAAACCUGCUACUGUGACCCCUGAAAUUCUUUCACCAUCAUCACCACAUUAAAAAAAAUAAAAUAAAAUAAAAUAAGCCGCUAACAGUUUCUCCACAGCGAACCGUUUCACUCCACUCUGCAGUUUGACUUUAUCUACAUCUCAACCCCUAAAUUAUGCACAGGUUUAUAGAGAAAUCUGGGGACUUCCCCUCUUUUUUUUUAUUGUUACAACUUCAUGAUCUUCAUCAUCAUUAUAAUUAAUAGCGACUACUAUGAAUUUUCUUUUUUAGUAACUACAGUCAAACCAGCUCACGUAACAUAACAAGUUUGCAGUGCAAGUCUGGAGUUUAAGGGGGUAUUAUAUAUAUAUAUAUAUAUGAACAAAUAGAUUUAAAGAUAUAUAGAUAUAUAUUUUAAUUAAAGUUUUGAAGGUCAUAUGUUUGGGUGAGGGUACACGAGAGUGUGUGUGUGUCUGUGUGUGCAUGAUGUGAAUGAUAAGUUUAAUUAUAAGGUUUUUUUUUUUUUUUUUUUUUUUUUUCUUUGCAUAAAAACACACACACACACUCACUCUUUUAUUAUUAUUUUUUUUUAUUAUUAUUAUUUUUUGUUCUCUCUACUGCAGCAUUCAAACCAGAGCAGCUAUAUUUCCUGUAAAGUAAAAAAAAAAUGAAGGUUUUCUUUUCUCUUUGUCUUAUUCUUUUGUUCCCCCUAGCGAAUAGUUUUAAGCGUCUGGCCAUCAUUCCUGUUGAUUGGACUUAUUGUACAUUAUUUGCAGGACUGGUGCAGUUUUCAUGGAUGACGCCACAUGGAUGAGUGUGUUCUCAUCCAUGUGAUGUUGAAUGGGGGACCAUCAGGGGAAUAUGGACGAAAAUGUUCAAUCAGAAAUGUGUAAUCUUAAAAGCUUUAUUUUGUUAAUUUUCUUUGCUGCUGUGGUUUCUCAGUGCCUUGCCGAUGUUCGGAAUGAUCGAUAAUGAUGAUUUAGCUGUACCGUGCAAUCUGGACCGUGGUAUAGGGGACUAUGGCCAUUGCACACAGUGUCCAGGACAUGCAGUCGAAAGGGAAUACAGUAAAGCUUAGCAUUAGAAGUUUAAGAUGUCUCUAAAUCCAGAUUUUCUUUAUGUAAAUGUGAGUAUGUGCAGGUUCACACUCAUACCCAUGCUUGUGGUGCUUGUACUAUCAGGGCUCCAUGUGAUGGCACUGUCUUGUAGCCAUGAAACCACAUUAAAAGGCAGCCAGGCAGCGAUGGUACGCGAGGAGCUGAUGACAAUCUGGAUAAAAACACUCCUACGGUUUGAUGUAGGGCAGUUUUUUCUCUUCUUUUUUUUUUUUUUUUUUUGCAAAUGGUUCACGCACAGUAUGGAGGCUGAGCUUGUCGUGUGUCCUUCUAAAGCACCUCAUGAAAGCAGCAGAACGUCUGCAGCAUGCCUUUUACAAGCCUUUUUAGUUGUGUGUUUGUUUUUGUUUUUUGUUUUGCUUUUUGCUUUUUGCAUCGGUAGCAGUCGCACGACGCCUACUUCGGCUGGUCCUAUCAAACGUGCGUACAGUAGAUAUGAUACGCGUGUGAUAUGCAGUGUAGCGCAUCCUCCUAAACAGAAAGAAAACAAAUUACAGCUUGCACUUUAUUCUGAUGCACUGGUUACAUACAGCUCUGGAAAAUAUAUAUAUAUAUAUAUAUAUAUAAGAGGCCACUUAAAAAUGAUGAGUUUCUUUGAUUUUACCAAAUUGAAAUUGAAAACCUUUGGAAUAUAAUAAAGAGGAAGAUGGAUGAUCACAAGCCAUCAAACCAAACUGAACUGCUUGAAUUUUUUGCAUUAGGAGUCGAGGAAUUAAAGCAUCCAAAAGCAGUGUGUAAGACUGGUGGAGAAGGAAAACAUGCCAAGAUGCAUGAAAACUGGAAAAAAAACAGGGUUAUUUCACCAAAUGUUGAUUUCUGAACUCUUAAAACUUUAUUUGCAUUAUUUGAGGUCUGAAAGCUGCUCUGCAUCUUUUUUGCAAUUUGAGCCAUUUCUCAUUUCCUGCAAAUAAAUGCUGUAAAUGACAAUAUUUUUAUUUGGAAUUUGGUAGAAAUGUUGGCAGUAGUUAUAGAAUAAGACAGCAAUGUUCAUUUUACUCAAAAAUAUACCUAUAAAUAGCAAAAUCAGAGAAACUGAUUCUGAAACUGAAGUGGUCUCUUAAUUUUUUCCAGAGCUCUAUAUACAAACACUGGUUGAUACAAAGCUCUGUAUUAGCCUGAUUGCUUUAAAUCACAGUUACCUAAUCAAAUGCCUUUGUGGCUUGUCUCUUUUUUUUUUUGUCUUUGUGUAUUGGCCUCAGGUUUGAAUCGAUGAAUUAGUCAUCAUGACUCAAAUAAUGUCGCUGUCCAAAGAAAAACACGCAUCUCAGUUUUACUGUUGAGUUUUACUUUUGACUACACAAGGGGUUCGUUACCAUUUUAACUGUGCAAGCCCCUUUUAGUGUUUAACUUAACCCCACAACCCCCCUCAAGUGUUUAUCACCAGUACCAUGCGGCUUUUUAGGGACCGUAGCAAACAUACUGAAUAUUAUUUGUAAUGUAUUUCUCUAAGUAAGUUUCUCAAAAUGUGAAAUAGAUAGAUGUACUAAGUAAACAAAAAGAUGAAAAAAGAUAUGUACAUGUAUUACAGUAGCAGUCAAAAGUGGGGACACACAUAUUUCAUAAUAUUUGUUCUUUAUUUGCAUUAUUUACUAUGUUGUAUUAAUUGUAUUGUAUUAAUAUUAAAACUACAAACACAUAGUUCAGCUUUCACAAACAAAUAGCAGUUAACAAGAGCUCAGAACCUCCAGGAGCUGACUAAGAGAAUCAGCCAAGAGUGGGAAAAGUUGGCACCAAAGCUAAAGGUGCUACUUUGAAGUAUAUAUAUAUAUAUAUAUAUAUAUAUAUAUAUAUAUAUAUAUAUAUAUAUAUAUAUAUAUAUAUAUAUAUAUAUAUAUGGGGUUAGCAUUUUUUUCUUAGUAAGAUUUUUUUAAAAUAAGCAAUUAAACACUUUCAGAAUGAGGAAAUAAGCUUAAAUCAAGCAAAAAAUCCUUAUUUUGUGCCUUAAAUUUGUACACUAGAAGCAGUAGAACUUGACUAGUAACUUUUUGUGCUUAUUUCAUGUUUACAUUACUUAAAAAAGGGUGAAAAUGUUAAGUGAGUCUAAAUAAGAUCAUAUUCCUGGAAGAAGUAAAACAAUCUUAAACUUAUGAUGCUUAGUGAGACAAAAAUUAGUGAUAAAAUGAUAAAAAUGCUAAAAAGUACUUACCUUUUUUGAAUAGCCCACCUACGUUCUCCCACAACUUUCAGUAAUUUUGCCCAGCACAAUUACAGUAAUUGUGCUUUUUGCCUAGCACAAUGGCCGUAUCGGGGCAUAUUAUUAGUUUUUAUCAUGUUUUACUACACCCAAAGUCAAUUUUACACUGGAGUUCUCCUAUAAAUGAGAAGGGGUGUGUCCAAACUUUUGACUAAAAGUGUAAAAUUCAACGUCGCUCUGUAUUGAUGGUAGACGUUUGAACACAGUAGUGUUGUGCCUCAAUCCAGGUUCAAUAUAGUGAAUUCAGUUGAGUAAAGGUAUUAUAAUCCCACUUUAUAAUAAGUGUCUCUAAUUACUGUGUAGUUACAUGUUAACAAUCAUGUAAUAACAUGGUAACUACUGGUGAUAUAUGCUUUGUUAUUUGUAGUUGUUUACUACAGUUACAGUUCAUAAUAUAUAAUUACACUUGAAAGCUGAAUAUUAUUUUUUAGUAUUUAAAAACAAUCACAGCCCUAAUUACAUGUCACAUAAAGCUGUUGGAGAAAUAUAUUUACGUUUAUACACAACUCAUUCUCUACACACUCACACUAUCAUGUGAAUAUUAACAUACACACACACAUACUAUGGCAUAUUAAACACAUGUUGAUGCUGGCAAUUAAUAAAAAUAACCUGUUAAACUGUAGUAAAUCUGUAACAAUGCAUACUCAACCUGUAGUUACACUGUUAUUACAUAUUAAUAAUUUAAUAAGUGUGAUCAAUAUAUUAUAAAGUGGCUAUAGCUUAUUUUGUUUAUCAUCAUUUGAACAGUAUAGUAUUUUCCCGUGAUUACCCAGGAACUAUGUCAGGACAUCCUUUGGUGUCUCAACAUCUAAAGUAAGAACCCUUCAAUUACUUUAUUUUAACACAGCAAUUCAAAUUUCAUCUGAAAUGGACCAAUAGAAAUGCUUCUACUAAAGUUUUUUUCCAAGUUUUUCUUUGGACAGCAACAAUAUGUAGUUUGUAUAGAAAGUGUUACUGUUUUUUUUUUAUUAUUAAAAUUCAUAUGUAACAUUAUCUCUCAAGGUUAUCACAUAUAACAUAUAAAGUUAUUUGAAGAUUAUUUAGAAAAAUAUAGAUUUGCAUUAUUCUAUAGUUCUGUGCAAAAGUCACAAAACAAGACACAAAACAAACAUGCCGGUUGCGGUCAUUAUCACACACUGCACUGUCCACUGUGGGUGGUAGUGCCUAUCCACAGUAUACAUGGAACUUCAGAAAUCAACCAUCUGGCACCUCCCAUAAUGAGCCAUGUUACCUUGCCAUGAGCACGCUGGCCAGUGUUCAACCUCUCUCACAAGAUAACACCUCACAACUUAUACAGGUAUGGGUUUUCUCAAGCCAUCAGUGUACAUGCUACUGUCCCAUGACUUGUUAGAGUAGCUUUACCCACUUUUGCACAUCACUAUAAAGAUUUAAAGAUUUAUUUGAUCAGAAUCAAAAGUUUAAUUUUCCUCCUCUUGAUUUGAGCACACUGUCCUAAUACCUUUUUUUUGGAAAGCUUUGUAGUGUAGCCUGAUCGUUGCCUAGCUCCUUGCUAUAUAAAUAAAAAGCUAUAAAAAGCUUUGCACUUUUGCCCUUUUCCACUUUUACAGGCCUGUGUGUUGAUCUCGCAGCUGUUUGGCCUUUUACUCUCCUUCUCGUCGUAGGUGAAUAUGGGUGAAAACUGUGAAUUUCUCCUUUAAAGGUUACGAGGAUAAAAGUCCUAGCACUGAUUUGAAGAUACAUUCCUUUUUCGCGCGAAGCUGAAUUGUUCGAAUGUCCACUUUCAGACAUUUUGUGUGCCUUUAUCCAAAGUAUUCGAAGUCAGUCAUGAGCGUACACACUCACACUCAUACUGGAGCAUUUGAAAGUAACUGUUUUUAUGUGUUUAUUGUGUAUUUUUUGUUCAUUUUACCUGUGUUUUUACAUACACUGUAGCUGUUCUUAUUGAUGGAAAGUGUAAAAUGAGUUUGGAGGAUGCUCCAAUUGCAAAAUUCCCAAAUGCAUGUCACAAUGGAUUCAUUGGUUGUUUAUUAAUAGGGGUGUAAUGGUACAUAUAUGUAUACAGGUCCAGAUAUGUGGUAUAGAGGUCCAGAUAUGUACAAAUAUCACAUGAAACCAAACAAAACCAAUCAUAUCUGUGUAUUUGAUGGUUAUUUUCUAGUAACACACCAGUAAAACAAAUCCUAUUUCCUUCAUUCCAUGCUCAGCUUUGCUCAAGACCAAUCUAGCUUUAUAUAAUUGGAGUCAGGGAUUAGGCUUAUUCUUGGAUUACACAGUUUAUUAAAUGGAGAUGUUCUAUUGAAAGGUAAAAAUUAAGGUGAAAUGGUAAAAUUAGCUAGCUAC